AUGCACCACAACCAUUCCCUCCCAUGGUUGUCGAUUUUUGCUUUCCUCUCCUCAACCACUACCACCCUCCUCCUUGUUCAAUGCAAAACCUCUUCUCAAGAUGUUUCAGCCCUCAAUGUUAUGUACAAAAGCUUGAAUUCUCCUUCCCAACUCAGUGGUUGGAAAUCAACCGGUGGUGAUCCUUGUGCUGAAUCCUGGGAAGGAAUCAAAUGUUCUUCUUCUUCCGUCACAGAAAUAAAUUUAGCUGAUAUGGAUCUUAGUGGAUCAAUGGGCUACCAAUUGGCAAACUUGAAAUCAGUCACCUACUUUGAUUUGAGCAACAACAAUUUCAACGGUGAUAUACCCUACCAACUCCCUCCAAAUGCUCGUACCAUAGAUUUUUCUAACAAUCAAUUCACUGGAAGUAUACCUUAUUCCUUUUCUCAGAUGAAGACUCUCGAAUCUCUAAAUCUUGCACAUAAUAAGCUCAAUAACCAGCUGGGAGAUAUGUUUGCAAGCCUCUCUAAACUCAAACAAUUGGAUGUAUCAUUCAAUUCACUAUCAGGAGACCUGCCUCAGAGUUUAAAAUCAGCCAAAAGCCUAACGAAGAUACAUCUGCAAAACAAUAAACUCACCGGUUCAAUAAAUGUCCUUGCCCGCCUUCCACUUGAUGAUGUGAAUGUUGAGAACAACAAAUUUACUGGUUGGGUUCCUGACUCGUUAAAGGAUAUAACUAGCUUGAGAACGGGAGGAAACUCUUGGUCAACUGGGUCAGCACCACCUCCUCCCCCCGGCACACCUCCUAUCGAGCAUGCCAAGAAAAAGGCUGGAAAAUCUGUUGUAACUGGAGUCACUAUAGCCGGCAUAGCUGUUGCUGUGCUCAUUGUAGUCAUACUCAUUGUUGCUCUUUCUAAAAGACGAAGAUCAUCUGUACCUUCUUCACAUUUUAUUGAUGAAGAUAGGCGUAGCCAGCACAGAUCUUUUACACCCCUUGCGUCUCAGGAGUUGUCUAAAGAUUUAGGUUCUGAUGACAGCACAAAAUACAAUGGAUUUAAAGCAAUGGAUUCCACUGCAAUCGACAUAAAGGCAUUACAAAAAAGUCCAUCAAGUGGUGUUACAUCAGCCUCUGAUUGUGUGCAAACUUUUACUGACAAUGAGUUUGCAAAUCGUCUAAAUUCUAAAAGAAGCGCAUCAGUUCGAUGUACUCCUUUUUCCCUGGGAGAGUUGCAAAUUGGAACUGCUAAUUUUGCUUCAGGACGACUUCUUGGUGAAGGAAACCUUGGACCUGUUUAUCGUGCCAAAUAUGCCGAUGGAAAGGUAUUGGCUGUAAAAAAGAUAAACCCUUCAUUUUUUGAUGGGGGGCGUCCUGAGGAAUUCUCUCAGAUUUUAUCAAGCAUCUCCAAACUUCGUCAUCCAAAUAUUGCUGAGCUUGUUGGUUAUUGUUCAGAACAGGAGCAUAUGUUAGUAUAUGAUUAUUUCAGAAAUGGUUCUCUCCAUGAGUUUUUACACUUAUCAGAUGACUUCAGCAAACCACUAACUUGGAACACCAGAAUCAGAAUUGCAUUGGGAACUGCUCGGGCUGUUGAGUACCUACAUGAAAGCUGUUCUCCGCCUUUAGUUCACAAGAAUAUCAAAUCUGCCAAUAUUUUGCUUGACACAGAUUUGAAUCCCCGUCUCUCAGACUAUGGUUUGGCAACCUUCCACCAGCGUACUAGCCAGAAUCUCGGGGCAGGAUAUAAUGCACCAGAAUGCACAAAACCAUCAGCCUAUACCCUGAAGAGCGAUGUAUACAGUUUUGGCGUAGUGAUGCUCGAGCUUUUGACAGGUCGAAUGCCUCUAGACAGUUCAAAGCCAAAAGGAGAGCAAUGUCUGGUUCGUUGGGCUACCCCACAGCUUCAUGACAUACUUGCAGUGGAAAAAAUGGUAGACCCUGCCUUGCGGGGACUUUACCCUCCUAAAUCACUCUUUCGGUUUGCUGACAUCAUCGCCUUAUGUGUUCAGUCUGAACCUGAAUUUCGGCCACCUGCGUCAGAGGUGGUUCAGGCAUUGGUGCGAUUAGUUCAACGUUCAAGUCUGAAAAUGAGAGAAGAUCUUGGUGUCUUUGGUCGGAUAGAUGAUCCUGAUGAUUGA